UGUGUAUUGUGCCAUUGGAGAUGCCCAAAAAAAUAUGUAGUUGUUCUCCAGGAUCGUUGAGUGUCAACACAGGAAAAGUUGUUGCUGUGGUUACAAUGAAUGGACGAUAUGAUCUCAGUAUGCCUGAGAUGAAAUGCGAGGCAUGCAAAGCCACAUGGAGCCCUGGAGUGGAUGACUUAGUCCGUAAUGACUACUGGCCUGCUACCCUUCACUUUUCCACAGUGUACUCUACAGAUGUGUUUUAUUCAUAUGAAGAGUUGAAGAUGGAAGCACCAGGACUGUCAUGCCAAGCAUUUUUAAGAAUGCUUGAUCAAUGAACUCUCCGCUUUGGCCGUAUUGGGAAGAUCACAGCAGACAGCUUCAGAAAAAGUUUUUUGGAGUGGGAGGCUGUUAGAUUUGAGGUGGAUAAGAUCUGCAGGGAGGAGCAUUUUGUCUGCCCUGCAUGCACCCCAGACAUGCUUGCUGUUUCUGUGGAUGGAAAUCGCAAGCACUACCGCUUUAAGAAUGCAGCAAGAUCUGAAGAAAAAGCCUUACUUGAUGGCAUCUUCAUUGCAAAAGAUGAUGAAGUAGAGAGAUUUGUGGAUUACAUUCAUUCUACCACCAACCAUGUCUCUGGAAGAGGUGUCUGUGUAGGGGAGUGGUCAGCUGCAAGGGAAACGUCUCAGAAAUCCUCAAGUAAAAUUGAUGAGGAGGGACUUGAGCUUGCAGUCUGUCGACAUGGAGUUUUUCUCGCUGCUCUCAACAUGUUCAGGGGAGAAAUAUAUGCUUAUCCCCUCUACCUGCAGAACAAGCUGGCAAAUACGCCAAUAAGCUUUUUUGCCAUGGAUAUAACCUGCAAGCCUUACCUCAACAAAGUGACAAAAAGCUGCCCGGAGCUCCAGCACCUUCUGAGCAUGAAACCAUUCCUCUCAGUGUUUCAUGCCAAAGCCCAUGAUUUUAAAUGCGAGGUUAAAUGGAGUGGAGCUUACCAGCAUGGGGCCGGAUUGACACUUGGGGAGGAGGUUGAGCAGUGUAAUGCCUUCCUCUCUAGGAUUGCUGUGACCACGAAGCACAUGUCCAAAGCAGGGCGUACUGACAUGCUUACAUUGAUGGCCAUGCGCUGGAAUCAGCAAAAGUUUAAUAACUUGGCUACUUCACUUCCCUGCCGAUAUCAGAAGUUAUUUGAAGGCCACAAAACGUCUGGAAAGCCAACUUCAGGACCUGGAAAGCAUGAGAAUCCAGCUGGCAGUGACACAAGUUGAAGUUGAGGGCUGGGUCACUGAUAUUAAGGAGUGGGCAGAAGCAAAAGCAUCCCAAAAGAAUGCCGAUCUUGACACGGUGAUCAAUAGAAUAGAGGUGCUGGUGGCCAGCAUUAAAAGAAUGUCCCAGCGCCUUUACAAAGACACCGAUGGCAGCAAAGGUCGGGCCC